AUGGAACCAGUCAUGUCUGAAGCCCCUGAGGCAGCGGCUGAAAAUGCCGUGCCUUUUCGUUCGUGGGAUGAAGAGAUCAAGCAACUUUGCGCCUCCAUAGAGAAAAAUCGCGGCUUCUCUUACUUCAAGGUUACGGGACCCCCUUCUUCCGGCAAGACAACGACGGUUGCAGCACGCGCGGCCAAGGCGACCAUGAACCUCAAAAAAGGUGCCUUAUUCGCCGUACCCACGCUGAUGGAGGCAGAAUUCAUCUCUACCUCAUCAAAUGCACAAAAUCUCGAUUCGGUUACCUUUAGCUGGUCAGACUUCUUGUGGGGUGAAGAUUCCCAGGCCCUCGAGGAAAUGCUGAGAAAAGGCACCACGUUGAUUGUCAAACUGAACGGUCAGCGGACCUUGGCCUCCGACCUCGCCCAGGCAGCCAUUUACCAACUGAUCGAACAGGAGCGGCAAAACCCAGAUUGGGCAUUCACCCUGGUCGUUCUAGCCUCGUUCGACAUACCAUGUUACCACGUCCUCGGAAACCUCGACCUCCCAUGCACGGUCUUGGGCCACGAUCUCGAGGAUCCCAAGUCGGUCGAACAAGCACUUAGUUCCCGCUGCUACAACCUCGACCCACAGAUCGACUGGGAUGCAUAUGUGGAGCAGUUGAUCAUGGAUGCAGACCGACAACAAGACCCAUCUACAAUCAUCUGUUUCCUUCCGCUGAACAGCCUCAACAACUCUGUACAUCUGGCAUUCAGCCGAAAUUGGAAAGUGUGCAACACCCGAACGCUCCACUACCAAGCUGAGUUCCUGAAGUGGUACCGGUACGAAACCAGCCCAAUGGCGAGCUGCGCCUUAGUUGUACUUGACCAAGUAUCAGACAUCACGGCCUGCAGCGUGGAUCUGCCCAACAUAAGAGACAUUGUGUUGGCAAGAUCCACCCGAAAAUUGAUGUUCGAUCCCGUCAUGGGUCAAGUCAUGGAGAAUGACGCCCAGAAACCUGAGGAUGUCGCAUUACACUGCAACUUCAACCUCGACGAGGCACUGUGUACAGCGCCUUGGAACCCAAACCCGACGACGGAGCAGAAGUCGGCCUUUGAAUGGUUCUACGCCUGCAGUCCCAAAUGGCCCGAUAUUCCAGUGCGCGAAUGGCCAGUUAGCUUCCCCUAUGACAGAACCCUUGCCGACAGCGUUGCCUCACAACUCCUGUGGCUGGAAGUCAUUGAACCAGGAGACAAAACAGCGAGCUUCAGGAUCAAGACGGGUUUUGUCGGUCUUCCAUGA